AUGAGUAGUGAAAUUAACUGCAUUGCAUUGAUCGGCAAACAGAACAAUCCCUUGUUUAUCAAGAACUUUAGCACAUCUCAUCCAGACUUAAAAUACCACUACAUUGCUCACACUUCCAUCGAUGUGAUUGAAGAACGAGUCUCCAACGGCCCAAAGAACUUGGACUUGUACCUGGGCUUAUUAUAUGCGAUGGAAGAUUUGGCAGUAUAUGGAUAUAUUACAAACACACGAGUGAAAUUAGUCGUGGUUGUAUCCGUAACAGAUGGAAUCAUACGUGAUGCAGACAUGAAGGCGGUAAUUUAA